UACACAACUAUAGAGAUCACCUGCUGCUUUAGCCUUCAGGCCUCAGCUAGCGAGCACUUAGCCACUUACUCUUCUUUCCCCCAUUCUCACAGUACUGACCUUGCUAGCUACACCUGAAGAUCAGCUGGUUGCCGACUUGCCAUUGCCGAUGCAAGAUUCCGGUAGCUGCACUGAUCGAUCAAAGAACAAUCUGGCUAGCAAUCUUGGUUCUUGUUUGCAAAUUAAUCAGUGAAAAGAUACACGAAGAAAGCUAAUUAAGCUAGUGAUUUUGGUGUCUAGUAGCUAAUGGCUUCUGCAGAUAACUGGCUAGGCUUCUCGCUCUCCGGCCAAGGCAACCCACAGCAUCACCAGAACGGCUCGCCGUCUGCCGCCGGCGACGCCGCCAUCGACAUCUCCGGCUCAGGCGACUUCUAUGGUCUGCCAACGCCGGACGCACACCACAUCGGCAUGGCGGGCGAAGACGCGCCCUAUGGCGUCAUGGAUGCUUUCAACAGAGGCACCCAUGAAACCCAAGAUUGGGCGAUGAGGGGUUUGGACUACGGCGGCGGCUCCUCCGACCUCUCGAUGCUCGUCGGCUCGAGCGGCGGCGGGAGGAGGACGGUGGCCGGCGACGGCGUCGGCGAGGCGCCGAAGCUGGAGAACUUCCUCGACGGCAACUCAUUCUCCGACGUGCACGGCCAAGCCGCCGGCGGGUACCUCUACUCCGGAAGCGCUGUCGGCGGCGCCGGUGGUUACAGUAACGGCGGAUGCGGCGGCGGAACCAUAGAGCUGUCCAUGAUCAAGACGUGGCUCCGGAGCAACCAGUCGCAGCAGCAGCCAUCGCCGCCGCAGCACGCUGAUCAGGGCAUGAGCACCGACGCCAGCGCGAGCAGCUACGCGUGCUCCGACGUGCUGGUGGGGAGCUGCGGCGGCGGCGGCGCCGGGGGCACGGCGAGCUCGCAUGGGCAGGGCCUGGCGCUGUCGAUGAGCACGGGGUCGGUGGCCGCCGCCGGAGGGGGCGGCGCCGUCGUCGCGGCCGAGAGCUCGUCGUCGGAGAACAAGCGGGUGGAUUCGCCGGGCGGCGCCGUGGACGGCGCCGUCCCGAGGAAAUCCAUCGACACCUUCGGGCAAAGGACGUCUAUAUACCGAGGUGUAACAAGGCAUAGAUGGACAGGAAGAUAUGAAGCUCAUCUGUGGGAUAAUAGCUGUAGGAGAGAAGGCCAAAGUCGCAAGGGGAGACAGGUUUAUUUGGGCGGUUAUGACAAAGAAGAUAAGGCGGCUCGGGCUUAUGAUUUGGCAGCUCUAAAAUACUGGGGCACGACCACAACAACAAAUUUCCCAAUGAGUAAUUAUGAAAAGGAGCUAGAGGAAAUGAAACACAUGACCAGGCAGGAGUACAUUGCACAUCUUAGAAGGAAUAGCAGUGGAUUUUCUCGUGGUGCAUCCAAAUAUCGUGGUGUUACUAGGCAUCAUCAGCAUGGGAGAUGGCAGGCAAGGAUAGGGCGAGUUGCAGGCAACAAGGAUAUCUACCUAGGCACCUUCAGCACCGAGGAGGAGGCCGCCGAGGCGUACGACAUCGCCGCCAUCAAGUUCCGCGGGCUCAACGCCGUCACCAACUUCGACAUGAGCCGGUACGACGUCAAGAGCAUCCUGGACAGCAGCACGCUGCCGGUCGGCGGCGCGGCGCGGCGGCUCAAGGAGGCGGAGGUCGCCGCCGCCGCCGCGGGCGGCGGCGUGAUCGUCUCCCACCUGGCCGACGGCGGUGUGGGUGGGUACUACUACGGGUGCGGCCCGACCAUCGCGUUCGGCGGCGGCGGCCAGCAGCCGGCGCCGCUCGCCGUGCACUACCCGUCGUACGGCCAGGCCAGCGGGUGGUGCAAGCCGGAGCAGGACGCGGUGAUCGCGGCCGGGCACUGCGCGACGGACCUCCAGCACCUGCACCUCGGGAGCGGCGGCGCCGCCGCCACCCACAACUUCUUCCAGCAGCCGGCGUCAAGCUCGGCCGUCUACGGCAACGGCGGCGGCGGCGGCGGCAACGCGUUCAUGAUGCCGAUGGGCGCCGUGGUGGCCGCCGCCGAUCACGGCGGGCAGAGCAGCGCCUACGGCGGUGGCGACGAGAGCGGGAGGCUCGUCGUGGGGUACGACGGCGUCGUCGACCCGUACGCGGCCAUGAGAAGCGCGUACGAGCUCUCGCAGGGCUCGUCGUCGUCGUCGGUGAGCGUCGCGAAGGCGGCGAACGGGUACCCGGACAACUGGAGCUCGCCGUUCAACGGCAUGGGAUGAUCUAGCUACGCAGCGGCCGCGAUGUUGCAAGAAGUAAAUUCUUGAGCUUAAUUAGCGGCAAGUUUAGGAUUAGUUCAUCAUCAGAGUCUACACCACUUGACCAGUACAUGCAUGAGACACGUAUACGUGCGUUGGUAGUAUAACAUGUGCCUUCUGAAGGCUGGUAAUGGCAGGUAUUAGGGGGUAAUUAAGAUUUGUUGUAAAUUGCCGCCUCUCCUUGCUGUUAGUUUUGGGAAAGUUUCAGAAGGAGCAGAUCUGAUCGAUCUGGGACAUGUACACUGAUCGAUACAAUAAUUUCACGGUUCUAUGCAUGAUAGGCUAA